AUGCAGGUAGCGUGGCUGAAAUGCAGAUUUCUAUGUGCGAGACUCCAGCGAACUUUCCCAGCACGGCCAGAUGUUGCCAUUCCACUUGCUCAACCCUCUCUUCAUCAUUUGCACAUACAAGUCGGAGACAAGGCAGAAUUAACCAAGACAUUUACGCAGGAGGAUGUUGUUACCUUUUCGAAGUUAACAGGAGACACAAACCCAUUGCAUCUGGAUGAAGACUAUGCAGAGAGCUCAAGAUUUGGCAGGAGAGUUGUCCACGGUGUUCUGAUCAACGGGCUCAUCUCUGCUGUUCUGGGCACUAAGGUGCCUGGGCAUGGCUGCGUUUUUCUUUCUCAGGAAAUUCAUUUCCCAUCCCCGUUAUAUGUCGGAGAAGAGGUCUUAGCUGCAGCGGAAGUGAAGAAACUGAAGAGAUGUCUUGCUUAUAUUUCCGUCUCCUGUACUGUUGUAGAAAGUGGCAAAACAGUGAUGGAAGGCACCGUUAAAGUCAUGGUGCCAGAGGAACAGAAAUCUCAGAUCUGACCCCAAGUUGCAGUAUAUUAUUGUAGCUGAGCCCAUGAAUAGUUUGCGUGGACAUACAUUUAAAUACUUUUCAAGACAAUGCCAACUGGGUACAUUAAUGCAACUGCUUAAUGAUACACAGAGUACAUCUUAUACUUAUCUAUAUCUGUAAUUGUUGGUGUUUUGUUUUAUGGCUCAGAACAGAGAGCUAAAUGCAGAUUUCCUGCACCAGUGCAUCAUUCUCACCUACAUUUCUGUGGUUUGUGACCAUGGCUGGUUUGGAUUCCUUUGGACCGUUUGUUGUUCAAAAUGGGCUUUUCCUGGUAAUGGGUUCAUAAACUUUAAUAAAGCACAGAUCCCAUUAGAAAAAAAUUCAUUCUCUUGUAUUCCCAUGCAUAGUUUGGUGGGUUCCUCCCCCCACCCACAAUAAAAAUAAUUACUUCUAAA